CUCCUCUCAAGUAAUGGGAGCACUCAUCAGUGGCCAGCGAUUGAUAUCAUCGACCGCAUGACAUCCUCUCACGACAGACUCUAUUUGUAUGCUAGAAGACUAGAGGGGGAAUAUCAAAUGUUUGUUGUGGACUUCAGUAAAAAUGCGACGGCUUUGAAAGCUUUAAAUACUACCUCCUUUAUUAACCCUGAGUCUGAUUACGUCUACAUGGCUGCUUGGGGACAAACGCUGCUCCUGCAUGUAUUGAGAACAAAAGAAAUACAAGUCUUUCAUAAUGACAUCUGGGUGUCAACUAUAACUCUACACGACAAGCUUCACUGGCCGAAAAUUUUUAAAAAGAUGGAAUUACGACACGGUCAGUUAAUUGUGAGUGACUGGAAUGAUAAUUCAGUAACUGGUUAUCGGUACAGUGAUACACCCACUCCGUCGAUAUCUACGAGGCCUAUUUGGGGACCAGCAGAAGCAUGGUCUGGAUUAUUCGUGGUCAUGUCUGACCAUCAGAUUCUGACGAAAAAGAACUCUUAUACUCUGCUUCUCCACACUAUUUCCGAUGAGUCUUCAGGCGAGGAGAGCUUAGACGGCAACAACAAGCAGAUAAAAAAGGUGACAACACAUGAAAUCAAGAGCGACGUGGAAGUGAUAUGUCCCCUCGCAGCUAUCUCCGACCGGACACUUUUGGUCAGUUCUUUUUACAGUGAAGCGCAUGUUUUGCAAUUUGGACCAUGAACAAAUUUAUAAAUGAUACCAUUUAAUUUCAUUCUAUACCAAAUGUCAAUCAAUAAUUUUACAUUGUUGUAUUUAUUCAAUGUCUGCACUAGAUAAAUAACAAAAAUCCAAACUUCAAUUGUGUUAAAUGUCGAUGCUAUCCAGCUUAAUUUCACGUAACCUAGAAAAAACAGCGGAAUUUGAUUUAAACAGUUGUCAGA